GGGUGGGACAAUGUGAAAUUAAAAUUGAAUGGCCCCUUACUGAGCUUUAUUCCUUUUACUCAUCAGCUUAGAUACACAAUCUUCAAGAUGACUACAAUGUUUGACUACCUUAAAAGAGAUGGCAGGAAAGUUUCCACACUGCGUGUAGGAUCCCCUAGUGAAGACCUACGGGUCAAGUGUGGUGAGCUCAUUCACAAAGCAUCACAGGCACUACACACCCCAGAAAAUUAUGCUGAUUUAUUUCAGUAUGGACCGCACAAUGGUAGUUUAGCAGUCAGGAAUGAGCUAGCCAAGUUCCUUAGUGAAGAGUAUGGCGAUAAAGUGGGCUGUGAAGAUAUCUGGGUCACUGCUGGUGCUUCACAGGGCCUUGCAUGCAUAGGAAAUCUCCUCUUUCAGCCUGGAACUGUGGCUUUUGUUGAAGAACCUACAUAUUUUAUUGGUCUAACAGUGUUGCAAGAGGACUAUAGAAUGAAUGUGAUUGGGGUUCCAACUGAUCAAGAUGGAAUGAUUAUUGAUGAGCUUGAGAAAAUGAUGGCUGAACAUUUGUUGACAGCACCAGUCCCAGCUGGUAAUAAACCAUUUGCUGCUAUGUUGUAUUGCAUCCCUACAUUUAACAAUCCAACUGGCUCUGUGCUCUCAGCAGAAAGAUGUAAACAACUGAUUAAACUGCUCCGACGGUACAACGUGCUGGCCUUUUGUGAUGAUGUCUACAACUUGCUUUCUUACAUGGGUGACAGGCCACCAUUUCAAUCGCCACCGAGGCUCUUCUCAUUUGACAACAAGACUGAUCCUGAUUACAAGGGUCAUGUGAUUUCAAAUGGAACUUUCUCAAAAAUACUGGGGCCUGGUUUGCGCCUUGGAUGGAUGGAAGUACCUGAACAUGUAGGAAGGAUUUUGCAUACAACCGGCUAUGCAAAGAGCGGAGGAUGUUUCAACCAUUACACAUCUUGUAUUGUUAGCACUGCCAUUCAAAUGGGUUUGGUAAAGGAGCACUUAGCUUAUGUUCGGGAGGUUUAUUAUUCUCGACUUAAUUCACUUUGUAAUGCCCUGGAUGAAUACAUUCCUUGUUCAGUUACGUACACAAAACCCCGGGGAGGUUACUUUGUGUGGGUAGUUUUUCCUUCUGAAGUGGACUGCGACAAAGUCUAUGAUGUAUGUUUGAAUAAAUAUAGUGUUGACUUCAACAAGGGCUCAGGUUUUUCUUCUAAAAGGCAAUAUAAGAACUGCAUGAGACUCAGUUUUGCAUUCCAUGAUGGUCCUACAAUUGAGCACUGUGUGAAGCAAAUAGCUUUAGCAGUCAAAGAAUGUUUUACUGCAUGAGAAUUAUUAACACUUUAAUGUACUUGCAGGGUCAGUAUAAUUCCUUAAUAUGCAUUCAUAUUGUCUGAGAUGAUUAGAUCCUUUCUUCUCAAAAUCUGGCACCUUUAAUUUGUUAUAAAAAGGUUAAGAAACAAUAAAAAUUGACUGCUUCGGGAAGUAAGUAUAAAUAAAUUUUGAAUCAAUAUCCAUUGCUACACGAUCAGAAUUUACAUGUACAUUUUUUAUUAUUUUAAAGUUUUAGAAAUUAUAUUGUCUCCGAGGUUAUAUUCCAAUGUCAAAUGAGAUUUUGAGAUAUUGCGGAAGAAAACUUGUAUUUAUGUGAUAUAAUUUUUGGAUUUUAUCAUGCUAAAUAUGAAUAUUUUCUCCGGGAUGUCUACUUCUUAAAUAUAUUAGUCAGCUGGUUGACUUUAUCAAGAACAAAACUGGAGGCCAUCUCAAGUGGCAAAUGGUGUCCAUUAGUUAAAUUGAAUUUUCUGUCAGAAAUGUUACUGUUUGAAUAAACCCAUUCAGUAAAGAAUAUUUAGGUGAUGUUUCAAAAAAAAAAAAAUCUUGCUAUACCUUGUACAUGCAAUUGAUAAUAAUAAUUUAUUAAUACUUAGCCACAUUAGCUUUAACUGGUCUUCAUGCAUG